AAGAAAUUGCCUUUGACGUCACUUGCUCAGUGCUUGAUGGAGGGUUCUGCUAUCCUAGGAGAUGACUGCCUGCUUGGGAAGAUGCUGAAAUUAUGUGGAGAAGCAGAAGACAAGCUAGCUCAAGAGCUCAUCCACUUUGAGCUGCAAGUUGAAAGGGAUGUGAUAGAGCCACUGUUUGUGUUGGCGGAGGUAGAAAUCCCAAAUAUUCAAAAACAGAGGAAGCACUUAGCAAAAUUAGUUCUGGACAUGGAUUCAUCAAGGACAAGAUGGCAACAGUCAGCCAAGUCUUCAGGUUUGUCAAGCAACUUGCAGCCUUCGGGUGCCAAAGCGGAUGCUCUCAGGGAAGAGAUGGAGGAGGCAGCAAACAGAGUGGAGAUUUGCAGGGAUCAGCUCUCAGCUGACAUGUACAAUUUUGUGGCCAAAGAGAUAGACUAUGCAAACUACUUUCAAACAUUAAUAGAAGUGCAAGCAGAAUACCACAGAAAGUCAUUAGCACUUUUGCAGAAUGUGUUGCCUCAGAUCAAAGCACAGCAAGAAGCUUGGAUUGAAAAGCCGUCCUUUGGGAAGCCCUUAGAGGAACAUCUUGCUGUCAGUGGCCGGGAGAUUGCCUUCCCUAUUGAGGCCUGUGUCACGAUGCUCCUUGAAUGUGGCAUGCAGGAGGAGGGUCUGUUUCGAGUGGCCCCCUCUGCUUCCAAAUUAAAGAAGCUUAAAGCAGCAUUAGACUGCUGUGUUGUGGAUGUUCAGGAAUAUUCAGCAGACCCCCAUGCCAUUGCAGGGGCACUGAAGUCCUAUCUUCGAGAGUUGCCAGAACCACUCAUGACCUUUGAACUUUAUGAAGAGUGGAUUAAAGCCUCUAACAUUCAGGACCAAGACAAGAGAUUGCAAGCACUAUGGAAUGCCCUUGAGAAAUUGCCUAAGGCCAGCUACAAUAAUCUAAGGUACCUGAUCAAAUUCCUUGCAAAUUUAACUGAAUACCAAGAUGCAAACAAAAUGACACCAAGCAACAUAGCCAUUGUGCUGGGGCCAAAUCUCCUCUGGCCUCAGACAGAAGGAAACAUCACAGAGAUGAUGGCAACAGUCUCUCUACAGAUAGUUGCAAUUAUUGAACCCCUUAUCCAGCAUGCCGAUUGGUUUUUUCCUGGAGACAUUGAAUUCAACUUGACUGGGAACUAUGGAAGCCCUGUGCAUGUGAACCACAAUGCAAACUACAAUUCUAUGCCAUCACCUGAUAUGGAUCACUCCGACCACAAGCACUCUGAUCAGACCCGACGACCACUCAGUGUGGCCACAGACAACAUGAUGCUUGAGUUCUACAAAAAGGAUGGCCUUAGGAAAAUCCAAAGCAUGGGCGUCCGGGUGAUGGACACCUCUUGGGUGGCUCGCAGAGGCCCCUCCAUAGUUCGUAAGGCAUCCUCCACCCCUCCUGCCAUGCAGCCCCCUGCUCCACCUUGUGAACUUGCAGCUACUCCUCAGUCACCAAUUCCUGAGCAAUCUCUUGACAUUUCAGCUACUCCCUCCCCUACUCCAACUAGCUUCGGGUUCCCACCAGGGGCUGAGCGAGCAAGCACGGAUGAUGUGUCGUCUAAUUGGUCGGAUUCCUGUUACAUCUAUCCAUCCCCUGAAGACAACAAGUCUCCCUUGUACCCCCACUACUCUUCCUUCUACCCUUACCCCCCCAGGACCAGCCCAUGCACUAGGCCUGAGCCUCCCUUGCCGCCUUACCAUUGGGCAGGGAACAACCCAACACUUUCUCCCCCUUGUUCUCCUUCCUGUUCUUCUUCCCCCUCCUUUCAGUCAUUUGACAUUAAUUUCCUACAUCUCCCUAAGCAGAUUUCCCUCACAGAACUGCAUGGUCCUGAGACUAACCUUUCCUUUGUCACCACAAAAAACGCUUUCACCUUAUCCAAACCUAAUCCUCCUGGCACUCUUCCGUAUAGCUCCAGCAUGUCAGUUUCUUCCCCCUGGGUCAGCUGCACCUGUGCCAGAGACAGAGGAGCCGUGCUCACUAGCACUCUGAAAACCAAGGAACUCUCACUAGUGUCUGGGCCAAAAGGGAGCCUGGCUUGCAGCCACACAACACCAGGUGGUGGGGCUGCACAACAGCCCCCAGGUCCUACAGCGCAGCUAUCCACAGAACAAAGUCCACACACCCUGCGGAAAGUUUCAAAGAAGCUGACCCCACUCCCUGCCAAGGGUCCUUAUGGCCAGUCUGGUGGUAUGUCUGAUCCAUCGACAGGGCAGCCAUCUCCGGCCAGCCUUUCUCCCACUCCACCCAGCACUCCAUCGCCCUAUGGACUGAGUUACCCACCAGGCUACACCUUAAGUUCAGGCCCUCUCUCCCCAGUGGCAGCUCCUUCCCUGUCUUCUCCUCCUUCCCUAACAAGCACUUUAACCAAAUCUCGGCCCACCCCCAAGCCACGACAGAGGCCUACACUGCCACCUCCACAGCCUCCCACAUCCAAUGCGUCUGGCUCCAGUCCACAGUCCACAGAGCACACCAUACUAGAUGACAUGUCUCCUGGAGAGAGCAUGUCCACAGAUCUGGCCCAUCUUGAUAUCCCUUCCAUCCAUGUAGAGGUUGAUGCCACACUUCACUUGGAUCCUUCGGGUCAAGUCCAGAGACAUCCGGUACCAGGAAAAAUCAGUUCAGAGGAGGAUUCAGAAAGCACCGCCCUAUGACAUGAAGAUCCCUCUUAUUCAUUUAGAGUGCUUUCUUGUACAUAUCGGUGCCCCAUGAACAUUGCUGAAGGAGGCAUAUCCAGAGACCUUGUCAAGGGAUGUCUCUUCCGGAGUUUCACUUGCCAGCCACUUGUGCAAGACUGACAGCCCUCUGGGCCUGGUGCUAAGCCUGUCUCUGUGGCAAAGGGCAUUGCUGGUGCAAUUUCCAUUUAAUUAUUUUUGUUCUCUCUCCUGUUUGUUUAGCCUUAUCCAAAUUUUGCCUUUUUGAUGUGGUGCCUAUUUAUCUCCUUUAUAAGCUUUUGGACCCUUAUCUUAAAAAAAAAAAAAAGUUUAAUAUUACCUAUUUGGAGAUUCAUUUCAUUCCGGCCUUCAACAAAGAUCAAAGAGAUGAGAGGGGGUAGACUGUCUCCCUGGGUGAAUGACAUGGAGGGCCGUUGCCACCAUCUCUUCUUGCUGCUGUUGCUCCUGCUGCUGCUCCUCUUCCCAGCAGCCGAGUUUCCAUGUUCAAGCUGCUUGUCCUUGCAGAUCAACCAAGGGACAUCCUUCUCUUUCACCUGAAACCCCUUUUGCUUGGUUUUCUGGAAUCUUUGGCACUCGUGUUCUUCUCAUCCCUUCAUCCCUUCCCCAUGACACUUUUGCUGGUACCUGGGCCUAUUUUUCAUUCCCUUCCU